AUGACGACAUUUCUAAAAUUUCCUCAAUAAAUGACGUUUUUGUUGCAGUAAGUUUCAUCAGAAACAAUAUUCUAGGUGUUCAAAAUAUAGGACUUAAAUCAGUGCUCAAUUAGAUGUAUAGAUAUUUGGUGUGUGUUUACGGAAAAGGAUUUUGUGGGGGGAAUUCCCAAAAUUUGUGAAGGGUGGUUGUGACUUUGUCUUCAUUCGUGCUGGGACAGUGAUGAAACGACCUAUUGUCGCAGUAUUUGAGAUGUGACAUAGUGUGGAGUCAAUAAAUCUGACAAAGAACGCUUAUCAGCCCGACGGUGAACGAUGGGUUGUAUCAAUACAAAGAAGUAUAAGAAAGAAAGCCGUCUAAAGGACGAAGACGAAGUCCGCCCUUCCCACUGGAAAAAGGAAUUUCCAUCCUUAGAUGAAGACAUCCGGACAAAGUGGGAAAAGGAGCAGCUUGAGCUGAAGAAAAAGCUGAUCUUAGAAAACACCGAGGAAUGGCAACAGAAGGUAGAAGAUGAUGAUGAGACAUCGGGCCUACAGUACAUUGGUGGUGUAGAUAUUUCAUUUGUGAAAGGUGAUACCAGGAAUGCCUGUGCUGCUCUUGUCGUUUGUAAAUUUCCUAGCUUAGAGGUAGUGUAUGAGGAUUGCACCAUGGUGGAACUGACAGCGCCAUACAUCCCUGGCUUCCUGGCUUUCCGCGAGGCCGACUUCCUCGUCGAGAGAUUCUACAAGUUGAGGUCCGUCCAUCCAGAAUACCUGCCCCAGUUGGUCCUCGUGGACGGGAACGGAUUGUUACAUCCUAGAGAAUUUGGCUUGGCGUGCCAUCUUGGUGUGUUGCUAGAUCUCCCAGCGGCCGGUGUAGCGAAGAAAUUAUUCCAAGUCGAUGGGUUAGAGAACGAUGCCAAACACAAAGAAAAGAUCGACGGCUUACGAAAAGGAGGAGACACUUUCCCAUUGGUUGGGUCCUCGGGCAGGACACUUGGAGUGGCCCUUAGAAGCAAUGAAGCAACAAAGAACCCUGUCUAUGUGAGUGCGGGUCACAAGAUCUCCCUGGAAGCGACCGUCACGGUUGUAAAGAAGUGUUGCAAGCACAGGAUACCAGAGCCAGUUCGACAGGCAGACAUCAGAUCAAGAGAGUUCCUGAGAGUUAAUUUCAAAGCGGAGGACAGUGUGGAUGGAGAGGAAAGAUGAUACGAUUCUAUUCCAUUUUCGGAAAGAUGAAGAAAUGCGAACGAUAUCUGUCCCCAGUGGAGUUGCUGUCCACUUACUGUGCCUUUUGGGUCCGUGCAUGCCGUUAUUCAGCAAUUCGACUUGAAAUGUUGGAUGAAUCUGCCAUCUGUGCCACUUCGUCACAAUCACCAUGUGGUAGUGUCGUGGAUUGAUUUUUCAAUAUGGUGACAUUGAAUGGUAGAGAGGGACAACGUCUGUCCUUCAAUCGUGUCCCCAGCAGCCCCCAUUAUAUCAGAAUGGCAAGCGGUGGGUGCGACCAAGAGGCAGAUGGGACCUGAGACCUUGAUUACUCGAAAUGUUGUUAUCAUUCAUAACUUGUCCAUCCUCUGGACAAGGUGUGUGGUCAGACCAAGAAGCGACCUUCUCAAACUCUCACAUCCCGAGGAAAUCAGGGGUUAAUGUUCACUUCUCCGGCCCCCGAUUUCCUCAGGAUGCAAACUCCGGACUUUGAAUACAGUAGGACCUCUCGAUUGCUGUCCUUAAUUCUGAAUGUCCUGAUAUCAUUCAUACAGAGAUCUACUUCAAUGGAACUGACCAUUUGUGACCAAAUGCAGUGUCCUUGAUAGAAAGAGUGUUCUUAAUGGAGAGGUGUCCGCAAUGGGAAUCAGAUGACAUCAGGUACCAGACUGAUGAAUCUUUUU